AUGAACAUCAGAUCCAAAGUCCACUUAUGGAAGGGAAUAAACCGUGAUUUAAUCAAACCGACCCUAAUCACUUUGAGUCAGUUUGCUGACCAUUCGGAUCGAACAAGCUGCUAUUGUGGGCCAAAAAUACUAUCAUAUGGCUCGUGUGACGAUCCUCCUUCCUGUCCUAAAAACAACACGACCAAAGGCACCUCGCCCCAAUUGCCUUCGUCAACACCAUCGAAAAAUACCAUAAAACGUACUGCUUCUUUACUCCCACGAUUCGGUCCCAUGGAUCCUGUCUCUAACAUUCGACCCGUUCAUUUUGAUCCAAGGGACGAUGAAACAGCGUUGCAGCGGAAGUACAGAUUGUUUUAUGCCGAUACGUGGAAGUGGUUGGAUCGAUACUGGGCCGCACAUAAUAUAAAACUGAUGCAGGCCAAACGGGAGUUUUUGGAAUCCGAAAACAAGCGUGUCGAACACUUAUCACCAGACAACAAGUUGCAACCGGACUUGUCCGAUUUUCACGCUCGAUUUUUGGAGGAAAAUAGAAAGUCACAAAUGAAAUUCAAUCUGUGA